AUGGGAAGCUGCCUAUCUAUUGGAGGUGGGUGCCGCGCCUGCAGCAGAGAUAACCGAGCUCCGGGGCAGACAAGACGCCUGAGUGGGAGCCGGUUCGAGGGGGUCCCCCCGCGGAUCCUUGGAACUUCCAAGAUCGCCGACCGCGACAGCUGGCGCCCGAACAGGGACCCCCGGACACGUGCAUGCUGUUGUCUUGUGUUUUUCCUUUUUGUCUUUUAUCCUCUUGCUUUAGAAUUGCAAUCACUACAGGAGUGGAACGGACUCACCGAAGGGAACUGCAGUCCCGCCUACGGAGAAGAAGUAGGUGAGGGUGAGUCACUCAUUAUGGGAGGAACGGGCUCAAAAGGACAAAAAAUGUUUGUCUCAGUAUUACAGAGGCUCUUAGCAGAAAGAGGCCUCAAAGUCAAGGAAAGUACUGCUGUAGAAUUUUAUCAAUUCCUCAUGAAGGUUUCCCCCUGGUUCCCAGAAGAAGGAGGUUUAAAUCUAGAAGAUUGGAAGAAAGUAGGUAGAAAAAUGAGAAGAUACACCGUUAAGCAUGGAGAAGAAACCAUUCCUAAACAGGCAUAUCCCAUAUGGUUACAGAUGAGAGAAAUCUUGACAGAACAGUCUGAUUUGGUCUUGUUAUCAGCUGAGGCACAAUCAGAGAAGGAUGUUGAGGAACCAGUGUAUGAUUUGCCUUAUGAUGAUGUUACUGAAGUUAAGGUUAAGGAAGUCAAGGAAAAGACUUAUGGAACUAAUAAACCCCUUGUUAAGAAAGACCCCUCAAAGAUGAACCUCUUGGGAUUGGAUGAUGACAAUGACCUCUCCCCAGGGGAUUGGGAUGAUCUAGAAGAGGAGACAGCUAGAUAUCACCAUGAUGAUGAUCUGGUCUUUACAGUGAAAAAGGGAUCCAAAGGAUCUAAAGCACGCCCAAUACCAGCCCCUCACAGAAAACUACUACCUCCAGUGGGUUUCGCAGGGGCCAUGGCUCAAGCUAGGGAGCAAGGUGACACUUCCUUCGUUUUCCCAGUGGUCUACACAGGAGACAGUGAUGAUGAAGAUUCCCCCACAUGGGAACCAUUAAAAACAUUAAAGGAAUUACAAGCUGCAGUACGAACCAUGGGGCCUUCGGCGCCCUACACUAUACAGAUAGUGGACAUGGUGGCCAGCCAAUGGUUAACUCCGCAUGACUGGCACCAGACUGUCAAAGCAACUCUCUCCCCGGGGGAUUAUAUCCUCUGGAGGACAGAAUAUGAAGACAAGAGCAAAGAAACUGUACAAAAAUCCUCAGGAAAAAGGGGGCCCAAGGUAACUUUAGAGAUGAUGCUGGGGACAGGAGCAUUUGUUGCCCCUGCUUCUCAGGUAAAAAUACCCAAGUUUAUCCUAAAAGAGGUUACUACCAACGCUGUUUUGGCCUGGAGAGCAAUCCCGCCUCCUGGGUCAAAAAAGACUGUCUUGACAGGAAUAAAACAAGGAAAUGAGGAAUCCUAUGAGACCUUUGUCUCUAGACUGGAGGAAGCUAUCCACAGAAUGAUGCCCCCAGGAGAAGGGGCUAAAAUGCUCUUAAAGCAAUUGGCAUGGGAAAAUGCUAAUUCACUAUGCCAGGAUCUUAUAAGAUCAGUGAGAAAAACGGGAAGUAUACAGGACUAUGUCAAAGCCUGCAUAGAUGCCUCCCCUGCAGUGGUACAGGGGAUGGCCUAUGCUGCUGCCAUGAGAGGACAGAAGUACUCAGCCUUUGUUAAACAAACAUAUGGAGGAAACAAUGCUAGGGGCAACUCUGGCCCCACUUGUUACUCAUGUGGAGAAGUGGGACAUUUAAAGAAAGAUUACAAAAGAGGUCAAGGGGAGGGCAAACGCCCCCCUCCUGGCCUGUGCCCACGCUACAAGAAGGGCAGGCAUUGGAAAAGUGAGUGUAGAUCAAAGUAUGACAAGGAUGGAAAUUUGAUUACAGAUAAAAAGGAGUAA